ACUAGAUCUUCGAUGAUCUCCUGCUUCUUCUGUGGCUCCAAUGCCAUUGUCUCGAACGUUGCCAGAUGUUCGAACACGAUGUGGCUCCACAACGUCUGCUUGUAGCUCGGCCAUUUUUAGCCACGGACUCUUGGUGUACAGCUUUCUCUGCCGGUUCCGCACUCGAAUUUCUUUCCCCUCCUUCACCACAUGCUCCAGGUACGCCUCUGUUAUGCUUCCCCGGUGCUGCGUGUGAAAUGUCAGCCAGUAAAAGCCUCACGUCCUCCUCGGGAUAGUACUGGUGCCGACCUCUCCCGCGACAUGACUUUGCUGGCGACCCACCAGACUAACGCCGCGAAACUGAUCGGUGACUAUCUCGUACUCGUCCAUACUGAGAACCAAGUUGGGACACUAUCUUCACCCAUCUCGGCCUUAAGCCUUUCGGCUGCCCGGAUAGAGUUAGCGACGAAGCUCGUAGGGGCAGCACUGGUGGAUGAACGCUCAGACGAACAUGAAGGUGACGAUGGUCGAGUCCAUCGUCGCCCACAUUUCCGUGAUGGUCGGCGGCGCCAUCCCUGCUUCUAGGUAGCAGCUAUCUAAUAAAAAUUUUAUUAAAAU